AGCCCCGCGGGCAGCGCAGCCGCAGGCACUGAGCGGGGCGGCUCCCCUGGAAAGCGCCACCUCUGGACGACGUCGGAGUGUUGAAGGAAAUUCAUCAGGCUGUUUGUUUCCUUUCAGACUCCGGGUAAAUGGGCGGGUUUGGCCUUUCAGAAAGGAUGAAGCCCCGAGCUGGCUGCUAGAAACAACCCGUCGGGCUGAGAAACACCGCGUGCACAGAUUAUGUUAGCAACAAAUUUUAAAAUAAAGUAAUCAAGAUCAUCACAAAGUUUAGAAGAUCAUCCUGUGAAAGGGUGCCUGAAGAGACGUGUUGGAGAUAGGCUUACAGAGCAUGGAAGAAUACAAAGUGUUGAAAGUACUAGGAGAAGGAUCCUUUGGCAGAGCUCUCCUAGUUCAUCAUACAAUCAGUGACCAGCAUUAUGCAAUGAAGGAAAUAAGGCUUCCGAUGUCUUCAUCUGAUGUAGAGAACUCUAGGAAGGAAGCAGUUCUUUUGGCUAAAAUGAAACAUCCAAAUAUCGUUGCCUUUAAAGAAUCAUUUGAAGCUAAUGGACAUCUGUAUAUAGUGAUGGAAUAUUGUGAUGGUGGAGAUCUAAUGCAAAAAAUUAAACAACAAAGAGGAAAGUUGUUCCCUGAAGAUAUGAUCCUUUACUGGUUUGUGCAGAUGUGCCUGGGUGUGAAGCACAUUCAUGAUAAACGUGUAUUGCACAGGGAUAUCAAAUCCAAGAAUGUCUUCCUCACUCAAGAUGGAAAAAUCAAAUUGGGAGAUUUUGGAUCUGCGCGUCUGCUUGCACAUCCAGCGUUAUAUGCUUGCACAUACUUGGGAACUCCUUAUUACGUACCUCCAGAAAUAUGGGAAAACACAGCAUACAACAACAAAAGUGAUAUAUGGUCUCUGGGCUGUAUUCUGUAUGAGCUGUGCACUCUUAGACAUCCAUUUCAAGCCAACAGCUGGAAACAUCUCAUCCUUAAGAUAUGCAAAGGGUCCUACAGUCCACUACCAUCUCACUAUUCCUAUGAACUUCAUUACUUAAUAAAACAGAUGUUUAAGAGAAAUCCCCAGAGUCGUCCGUCAGCCAAUACAAUUCUUACAAGAGGCUGCUUAACCAAACUUAUCAAAAAUUGUUUGCCUUCUGAGCCAAGUAAAGAUGAAAGUAGCAAGCACAGCCCUUUAGAAAGGAAAAAUAUUAGUGAGGAUUUGAGUGAAAGCACAAAGGAACAAAGGAAAUCUGAUGAAGAGGCAGAAACUUCUGAAGUUGCCCAAGGAAUUACUGAUUCAUCACAUCCCCAUCGAAGGCAAUGGGAAAAGAAAAUAUCCAGUACUGUAGUGGAGGUCCUGGAAAAUGCAUCCUUGCUCUCCUCCGGUGUUACAUCUGAAGAGGAUAAAAGUGGCUGUGUCAUAAACUACAGUGAAAAUAAGCCACGUAAGCAGUGGAACAAGGAAACUCCGCAGACUCUGAUGAACAUUCUCAGUAACGCAGAUGUCAACCUAGCAUUUAAAACAUACACGAUUUAUAAACCAGCUCAAGAACUGAAUAAAGUUGUGACAAAAACGCAGCAGCUGCAGAGCUGUGCAGUCUCCACCCUGCCAAGCGGCCUGGUGCGUGCGUUAGGAAGGCGAAAAGAAUGGGCUGUAAGCCCAACAGCUCCUGGAAAUAUAGUUAGAGGUCCGCUUUCCAGUGAAACUGAAGAAUCUGAUGAAGUAGAUGGUGAACAUGAAGCUAUUGUCACAGAUUCUGAGAGACUGGAGCCUAGAUCUGAUGACGAUGACACGGACUUUGAGGAAGAUGACCCAGACUGGAUCUCAGAACUGAAAAUGAUAUUGGAAAACGGUGACAGAGAACUUGAAUUUACCUGCAAUAACUGAAGUUAAGCUUGCCAGUAUAUAUAAUCCAAGUCAGUGUUGUCAGCAGUUGUAGGUGUUAAUAGAGUUACUUCAGUCAAAAUAUUCUGAGUUGUUGUGUGUUCUGUAUCACAAUAACUGACGGUAGAAAACAGACAACAAAUUUUUUAGGCUGAAAACUUGCAAAUAGAUAAACAAGCCUAGAUUGGAAAUGUAUUUGGAGUUGGUAAAAGCCUUGCAGAAAUGUUCAGUCAAAAGCAACAGUGCUACAACUUGUCCAAGUUGAUCCCAUAUCAUAAUUUGAAAAGCUGGUGUAACGCGAAGAGGACGUGUCAAGAUUUUCUUCCUGACUACAUAGUGAACUGCGGCAUUGUGGUGUGCUGAUCCUGGCUGGACACUCUGCUCCUCAGCUGGACAGGGGAGAGAGAGUAUAACGGAAGGUUCAUGAGUCGAGAUAAGGACAGGGAGAGAUCACUCACCAAUUCCUGUCAGGGGCAAAAGAGACUCGACUUGGGGAGAUUUGUUUAAGGUAUUACUGAUCAAAUCAGAUGAGGGUAAUGAGAAAUAAACCCAAAUCCCGAAAACCCUUUCCCUCCACUCCUCCCUUCUUCCCAGACUCAACUUCACUCCUGAUUUCUCUACGUCCUCCUUGCGAGUUGUGCAGGGGGACAGGAAAUGGGAGUUACAGUCAGUUCAUCACACAGCAGUUGUUCCUGCUGCACCUUCCUCCUCAGGGACCAGACAGUGCUCAACAUUCCUGUUUUCUUGCUAUGCUUUUAUUGCAUCCAACCUCUUGACCACGUUGCCAUACCACAAACGCUGUUAGGGAGAGAAUUAAUUCCGAGCUUCUUCUUAUGGAAAGGAGAUUUAAUUUUCUUUUUUUUUUUGUCACCUGGAAAAGACAGACAAACCUGUUAAGUUUCAUGGUGACAGCCACUUCAAAGCUACCUCCUCUAGAAAGUAGUACUGUGGCUUUCAGGGGUAAAAAGAGUAAAAGCACCUCGGGGUUUCUAUCACAUCUUUGCAACAGCUGCAAAAAAUGCAAACAUGCAGAUUGUUGCAGUGCAUGAAAACACCUGCAUUUACCACUUCUUUGUCAUACAGGGAAUAAACCAGCAGGAACGACCACUGGGAAGUUUUAGGUCAGUAACCUCCAGAGUGAGAAAAAUGUCGUGCUAUCAGAUAGCUGCAGCUCUGCUGUUUGAGCUUGUUCUUGGAGUUACAUUUUCUGGAUGGGUCACUUCCAUUAGCAGUGGCUUCUGAUUCUAAAAAGCCGCUUGCCUAGAGCAGUAGCUGCCAUUUCUCUAACUUUGCACUAAACCCAGGGCUUCUUCUACUACCUCAGCUGGAUAAGGGUACCUGGCUCUCCUGUGCCACUCUUAGGACUUUCAUGCUAAUACCAUUACACAAUUUUCCUUAGAAAUUUUUCCACCUUCUUUCCACGUAAAUAUAAGCAGAAAAGGUCUAUGACUUCAGACUCUGUAGUAAAUAAUAGAGAGAAUAGGAAGAACUAGGUCUAGUCUGCUGUCUGUCUCCCACCUAUCCAGCCAUCCCCUGGAAAGCAGUGGCUGAAAUGGUUGUGGCUGUGCUCAGGAAGGUACCAGCUGAGUGCUGGGCAGUGGCAAGGAAAGCGCUCGAAAAAGCACAGCCCCUUUGUCUGACCCAGAACCACCAUUUUCAUGUUCUUCCUGCAUUUGAGAUUUGUUAGUCUUUAUGCACAGGUAUAUUGUAAUGCGGGCAUCAACCAACAGACACAAUACCAGUCAGUCAGCAGGCAGCAAAUGGGAGUUGUAGUCAGUUCGUUGCAUGUUGUCCCUGCUGCUCCUUCCUCUUCAGGGACAAGACUCCUCACACUCUUCCCCUGCUCCAGCGUGGCAUCCCUCCCAUGGGGUGCAGUCCUUCAGGAACAGGCUGCUCCCAUCUUGGUCCCCACAGGGUCACAAAUCCCGCCAGCAAACGUGCUCCAGCCUGGGCUCCUCUCUCCAAGGGCCCAGAGCUCCUGCCAGGAACCUGCUGCAGCUGCUUUUCACAAAAGCACCUUGCUUUAAGCUCAGGUCAAGCUUCCAGUGAAGCUCAAGUGGAUUUUAAACCUCAGCUCCAGAAACAACACUUCUGUACACAAUGCCUACAUGUAGUUGAACACAAGCGUAAGUUGGAAUUAAGGACAAAAGACAAAGCUGGAAUUGUGUGGGAACUGUGUCUGGUGUCUGUCACUAGGGCGCAUCUUCCUUCUCCCUGUGCCAUAACCAGAGAGAUCCUUUCCACUUAGAACACUGCUUUGGCUGGAGAAAACCUGCCCUUGUCACUCUCACGGCAGUGACAAUGGGACAUCUGCAGGAAGAGGCAGAGUCUGACAGCCGAGGGCACCAGGAUGGGCACAAAGCAUCCAGGGACAGAUCCAGACCCUGGGCUGCAGUGGGCAAAGCACUGACAGCAGCUGGAGGGAGGUGACCUUUCUCUGCCCAGUGCUGGUGAGGCAAUGGCCAAGGCAUCUCUGAAGAGGAGUAGGUCCCUUGUCCUCAUCCAGCUUUGUCUUUUGUCCUUAACUCCAACUUACGCUUGUGUCCAUCACCAAGAGGGUUCAGAAGCGCUCCACUGGUGCUUCCCUUCCACAGCUCCUUGUUCUCUUUGCCUUGGUAUCAGAUGGGACCGGUGGGAGGAAGAGAGGACUGGCCAGGCCCUUUGCACGGCGAAGGACACCAGCUGCUGCAGAGGUGCCAGGGCCAUCGGGCGGUGGCAGCAGGAGGGCUCUCUUUGGACAGCCCCUGGCAGAGAUCUGCAGCCAGGAUGGCAGACUGCCCCAGCCCAUCCAGGACCUGCUGGCUCUCCUGCACCAGCAGGGGCCGUCCAUGGAGGAGAUCUUCCACCUGUCAGAGAGCAAGAGAGCCUCCCGAGAGCAGCAGUGGGAGCAGAGGUCCAACUCCAAGGCCAGCCCGCGGUCCUGCUGGCUUCCAUCUUUAAGGACUUCCUGCAAAAGAUCCCCUCCAAGCUCCUCCAGGUACAGCUCUAUGAGGAGUGGAUGGGUGCCCUGCAGAAGAGCAGCAGGCAGCAGAGGCUGGCAGGACUGAAAGACUAAGUGUGGCGAGCAGCGUGCCGGCUGUGCAGAG